AGGUAGUUUAGUCAUGCAGAAGAAUCAUACCCGGAAGUACGGUGAUGCAGUAACGCAGACAGUCGGCUUAUUCCCCUCUCUUCAAAACAGGCUAGCUAGUUACUGAUAAAAUGGCAACAUAUAGGAUGUCUGCAUGUAUUGCCUUCGUUUAGAUGGCUGGUUAGGUUUCAAAUCGUUUCACGACCAGUAAAUUGUUCAACUGACGUGAGUGACCUCGAGCUGAAGUGAACGUAAAAGAACAACAAUAACAUGUCGGCAGAAUUCACUCCUCCCGGUUCUGACCGACCCACAAUGGACGAGGAUGAUGUUAACAACCAGCCCAGCCUGUCCCCAUCCCACAGCCCCCCUGCAUCAGGAGAACCUGAUCAAGAGAACCAAACGGAACCAACCAAAACCUUUUCUCACUGUUGUCUGGACUGUGGGAAAGAGUUUUCCCGCCCAUGUGACCUGGUGAGACACCAGAGAGUACACACAGGGGAGAAGCCCUACCCCUGUCCUGACUGUGGCAAGAGGUUUGCCCACUCAGGAGGCCUCCGAGAACAUGAGAGGAUACACUCCGGAGAGAAGCCUCACUCCUGCUCUGUGUGUGGGAAGAGCUUCACCCAGAAGGGAAGUCUUAGAGUUCACCUACGGACACACACAGGGGAGAGACCUUAUUCUUGCUCCGUCUGUGGCAAGAGUUACACCCAAAAUGAAUUUUUGAAAGUGCACCAGCGAACACACACGGGAGAGAGGCCCUACUCCUGUUCUGUGUGUGGCAAGGGCUUUGCUCAGAUAGGAAACUUGAAGAAACACCAGCGGAUUCACACCGGGGAGAAGCCUUACCAGUGCCUGGAGUGUGGCGCCAGUUUCACCCAGAAGGACAGCCUGAAGAUGCACCAGAGGUCUCAUACGGGAGAGAAACCCUGCGUCUGCCCCGAGUGCGGGAAGGGUUUCCGCGACAACGGGCACCUGAAAGUCCACUUGAGAGUGCAUACAGGUGAGAAGCCAUACACCUGCCCUGACUGUGGGAGACGGUUCAGCCAGGCGGACGUCCUGAAGAGACACCAGAUGGUGCAUACAGGGGAGAAGCCGUACUUCUGUGCCCUGUGUGGGAGGAGGUUCGCCCAGCCUGCCACUCUGAAGUACCACCUCCGGACCCACGCAAGAGAGAACCAGACAGGAGGGUCUCAAUGCUGCCCAGUGUGUGGACAGGACCUCCCUACAGAGCAGGCUCUGAGAAAACACCUACAGACACACAUGGGGGAGGACCUUGGUCACAAUGGGGGACAGGAAGACGGGGAGGAGGAAGUUGGUGGUCUGAUCAAUUCUGAUGGAGAGGACGUCGGCUGGGACCCUUCUCAUCUUAGAGAGAGUCCUGUCCAUGGCUCUGGUAGUGAAGAAAGUCCUCCUACAUCACACAUCAACAAGAAUCCGGGUGACCAAUCCAGAUCCAAACCCAGGUCACCUGACGACAGAGAGGCCUUCAGUCAGACACUGGGGAUGAACAUUAAAGUAGUGGAGGAGGAGGAGCUGGAGGACUUGAGUCAAACUGUUGGGGUGAUGGUUAAAGAAGAAGAGGAAGAGGUGGAGCUGGAGGACUUGAGUCAAACUGUUGGGGUGACGGUUAAAGAAGAAGAGGAAGAGGUGGAGCUGGAGGACUUGAGUCAAACUGUUGGGGUGACGGUUAAAGAAGAAGAGGAAGAGGUGGAGCUGGAGGACUUGAGUCAAACUGUUGGGGUGACGGUUAAAGAAAGAAGAGGACGAGGAAGUCAGCAGAUUCAUUCAGUCCCCAGUAGAAGAAGUGGACUGGGAGGCUGUUGAACUUAGAGAGAGUCCUAACCAGUGCUCAGUCGGUGAGGAGAGACCUCCCCAGCAGGAGAAUCACACAGCUAAAGACCAUCACCACACAGAGAACACAAUCCUCAGUCCUGCUCUGACUCUAUUUCAAGGACCUGAUCAAAGCUAUUGAUUAUUAAAUAAUUAGGUUCAUUAGCUACUGUAUCCUAUUGCAGAUAUUUAAUAAUUGUGUUUGAUUUAAUAAAUCAUGGUUGCAACAACCUGCCGAUCAUUAUGAA